GCCGUGUACGGAAACCUUCGUUGGUGAUACUGAAAUAAAUACUGAAUACUCAAUGAAAAAAUAAGCCAACAUCUCUUUAAUUUUUAGAAGCCAUAAUAACUACCAAAUUGUUUGUAAUUAAGGAGCGAAAUAAUUCAUUCACAAAGUUCACAAACCAAACCGUGCAAAUAUAAAUUGUUUCAAAACCGAGCGAGAAUUGUCAAUGCUGAAAGUGUUAAUUAUUGUGGAAAAUGUUAAGAGGCCAGCUAAGUUUUCACGCUAAGCACUCAAUACACUCGCGCAUUGAAUUGUUGUGUGCCAUCAGCGGACGUAAAUCAUCAAGAUGUCCGAGUAUUGGCUUAUUUCAGCCCCUGGCGACAAAACCUGCCAACAAACGUUCGACACCAUGAACAAUCUCACCAGCAAACAAAAUAAUCUAUGCAACAACUAUAAGUUUCAUAUACCCGACUUGAAGGUCGGUACACUCGAUCAAUUGGUCGGUCUCUCCGAUGAUUUGGGUAAACUGGACACUUAUGUGGAGCAAAUAACACGCAAAGUUGCCGCCUAUUUGGGUGAGGUGCUCGAGGAUCAACGCGAUAAGUUGCACGAAAAUCUACUCGCCAACAACAGUCCGGGGCCGCCCGACGACAACACGCAUGCGCAUUCGCAUUCGGAAUUGACGGGUAAAGCAUCAAAUUUAUCGAAUAGUCGUGACACGACCACUACCACUACCACUUGUUCCGCAUGCCACACCGGAAGCCUAAAUAAUUGCUCCUCUAGCGAGGCAUCUGCAGCGUCUGCGUCUGAGCGUGAAUUCGAUUUGUGUGCAUCGUCGCCUGUGUGCGCGUGUGAUGAAUGUGCUGCCAGUGCCAAUGUGAGCGCUAGCGUUAGCGCGAGCGGCGUCAGCGCCUGCGCUAGUGCGAGCGCCACAGCCACCACCCUUGAGGCUGAUGAAUGUUAUCCUUUUACUUCUUCCUCCCUGAAUGUGCCUACAUGCCAUGCGUCCGUCAUCGCAUCCGCAUCCGCAUCCGCCAAUGCCUACGCCUACGCCUACACCUCUGCCGCCGAUUGCGCAUCCGCUGCCGUUGUUGCUAAUAAUGCCUCCUAUUGCUCCACAUCGGCGCCCACCACAAUGGUCGCUGAUGAGCGUCGCAACGCUGCUGCUACUACUACUACUUCUACUACUACCGCUAGUAAAUUUAUUAACAGCUUUUCCAGCAGCAACAAUAACAACAACAACACAUGCAACAUAAAUAAUAAUAAUCGUUUGGGUUUGACGAUCAGUUGUAGCGGCGCUAAUAUGCUGCAACUGCAUCAGACACAACAACAGCAUCAUACACACCAACAGCACCACCACCAUCACCAACAGCAACAACAACCGCAACACCACGAACCGCUUCACCUACAACAUCCGUUGUUGCAACAACAUCACCACCACCACCACCCUCAUCAUCAGCAGCAGCAGCAGCUCCAUCACCACCACCACCAUCAGCCGCAUCAUCACCAGCAUCAGUCGCCGCUGUCGGACGGUGGUGAGGGACACGAACAGCAGAACUUGAAGGGCAGCAACAGCACGUCGGAUUUGAGUGAUACAUUCGAUUGGUGGUUUCAUAGGCAUAAAAGAAAUUCGAAAAAGAGCAGCAGUCGCUCAUCAACGUUUCAAUUAAAUAUAAACAAUGGAUUUAAUUUCACACCAACUCAUAGAUCGUCCCCAGUGAGUAGUUGUUGUGGCAGUAGUAGUCAAGGUCGUUCCAGUCCGGACACAGAUUUGGGCGAACCACCGGCAUUCCCAUUAAGUCCAGCCGAUCUAUCCGUGUACAUUACCCGCUUUCAAUGGGAUAUGGCCAAGUACCCGAUUAAGCAGUCGUUGCGCAAUAUUGCCGAUAUUAUUUCGAAACAAAUUGGGCAAAUCGAUGCGGACUUGAAGACCAAGUCAACGGCUUACAACAGUCUUAAGGGUAACUUGCAAAAUCUGGAGAAGAAGCAAACCGGAAGUUUGCUGACCCGUAACUUGGCCGAUUUGGUCAAGAAAGAACACUUCAUUCUCGAUUCGGAGUAUUUGACCACAUUGUUGGUGAUUGUGCCAAAAAUUCUUGCUAACGAUUGGUUAGCCAACUACGAGAAGAUCACUGACAUGAUCGUGCCACGUUCCUCGCAAAUGAUCACACAAGACAAUGAUUACUGUUUGUUCAAUGUGACACUCUUCAAGAAGGUCGUUGAAGAAUUCAAACUGCAUGCGCGUGAACGCAAAUUCAUUGUACGUGACUUCGUCUAUAAUGAGGAGGAAUUAGCCGCUGGCAAGAAUGAGAUGACCAAGCUCAUUACCGAUAAGAAGAAGCAAUUUGGCCCAUUGGUCAGAUGGUUGAAGGUGAACUUCAGCGAAGCUUUCUGUGCUUUGGUGCAUGUGAAAGCGCUGCGCGUCUUUGUAGAGUCCGUUUUGAGAUACGGUCUACCUGUCAAUUUCCAAGCCAUCCUCAUCGAACCCAACAAGAAGAGCGUGAAACGCCUACGUGAAUGCCUUAACCAACUAUAUGGACACUUGGAUGGUGCUUCUGCUGGCGGUCAGAGCAAUGCCAGCAUUGAUAAUGUUGACAUCCCCGGCUUGGGCUUUGGCCAAUCGGAAUACUUUCCUUAUGUGUUUUACAAACUGAACAUCGAUAUGGUGGAAACAGCAAAAAUCUAAAGUUCUUUUGAGUUGAACGCUCAACAAAUCCAAUUUAGCCUAAUCACAAAUGAAAUGAAGAGAAAUACCUUUACAACAACUAUGUUUACAAAACAAGCGAGAAGAAGCAGCAAACUAUAAUUAUUAUCCUACAAGUGAAACAAACAAGCAAACGCUAAAAAAAGUUUAUAUAAAUCUUUAAAAUAGUAUAAAGUAAAUUACUAAACCAUCUGUAUGUAUGUUGUCAGUUCCACGUUCUUUGUUCGGUAAAUUACGCGGCACAAACGAACGGCGUCAGCGCAGUGCAAAGAGUUGAGAGAGGAGCGUUAGUUAGACUAAGUGUACGCGCGCGCACGCCAUGCCAUGUUAAACAAAAGUAUAAAAGCAAUGCUUUACAUAUACAUAUAUAUAUAUAUAUAUAUAUGUGUGUGUAUAUAAUAUAUGUAUGUAUAAAUAUUUCGCGUCUUCUACGAAAUUUUGUAGUUAUUUCUCUAUGUUGUUAAAAUUUUUAUUAGUUUCAUUUAUAUACACAUAUAUUUGUUUUAUCAUUGUUUGGAAAAAAAAGUUAAUUUACACGCACACAUACAUACACACACACUAAAUUCUUGUAAAGUGUAUUUGCGCAGGAGCAUUGCUGUUAAAACCGAUUUUGCCAACAAAUUUUAAUGCCGAGUUUUGGCUGCAGUGGUUCAAGUGUAAUUAAUUAUAGCAUAUUAAUAGUAGGUUUCUUCGUUUCGUUAUUAUCUACUUUUUGUGUGGUUUAUUAAGCCAAUUUGACAGUAUUUUCUAUUUUCCUUUACAUCUGUCGUUGUGUUGUUAGUCAAAAAAAAGUUAAAGAAGAACUCUUUCUGCAAUUUUCGCCAUCAAUUCAACAACAAUGGGGUAAAUUUUUGUUUUCGCACUAAAUUUUAUUAAAUAUUAUUGUUAAACUUAGCCUUUUAGCGCAAAUUAUUGUCAGAUACGUUGCGUUUUGCUUUCAUCCAUAAUAAAUAAUAGUCGAAAAUGGUCUUUUCUAAGCGCAAAAUUACGUUAGGCCAUUAGUUGGUGAGGUAAGCCGUAAGCAUUCAAGCAAUUAUACAGCCAUUGUACUUUUAUACAUACAAACACAUACAUAUAUACAAAGAAAAAUAUGCUGGCGUUGAUUUAACGGUUAAUUACAAAAAUUAAAUAAUUACAAAAGUGUUCUUGAUACGUUUUUCUUUGUAUUUUUGCCACAAUUUCAUAGCUUUGGUGUACAUACAGGCAGCAGCGAGUUAAUAAGAACACAAAGUGAAACUUUAAAGUUAUUAAAAUAAAGUGGGAACAUCAUCACUUAUUAUUAUUAUUAUUAAUCGAGUUAUAGCGAGAAAUAAAUCAACAGCAAACCAAAUUCAAGAACAAUGCUAAUAUCUAGCAUAAAGUGUAUAUUUACUAUAUGUAUGUUUAUUGUUGUUGUUGAAGCUAGCAUACAUAUAUACUGCGUGUUUUUUAUGCAUAAUCAUACUGUACAACUGGCCCAUAUUGCUUGUGUUAAACUUAAACUAUUUUUAAUAAAGCCAAGAAAUAUUAGAAAUAAUGCGCAUAAAAGGACAUUAAGGCCAGGGAAGCUGUUGCGCGGUUGUGAAGUUAUGCUAUAAUUUCUAUGUUUCUAAAAGCAAAAGCACUUGCGUACUGUAGUUUACAUUUUAAUUUCAUCUGUGCAACAACAAACGCAUGAGCUUCCCUAACGCAAAGCAAAAACACCGCUUUGUGUCCUUUUCAACCCCGACAACAUGUUGCGAAAGAGAACGUACAAUAAAUAUUUGUAAACUCUAAACUUAAAAGUAAAAUAAUUAUAUAUAUAUACAUAUAUAUUAUUGUUAUAAAGAAUGAAUAUUUAAAAUUUUAUUGCAUAUUAAAAGAAAAGCUACACAUCCAACUUACUUAAGCUUACAGAAUUAUACACUUCCACACACAGACACACACAUGCAUAUAUAUACACUCACACAUACAACUACCUUGAAGCUACACAAAAGCAACAGAACUUAUUUUGCAACAGAAAAGUGAGAAAACAAAACCAAACCAAACUCUAUGUAAAUGUACAUUACGAGUAUUUAAGCAGUCAGUAUGAAAACAUAAAUAAGUUUGAUGAAGCGUAAAAGAGUAACGAGCUAACGCCAUCCUUGUAAAUAAUUAUACGAAAAAAAGACAUUCCAA